UUAUUUUCACAUUGCGUUAAACGUCGGCUUUAGCACCUAAAACAGCUAAUGGCGAUCUUCGGAUGGCGACAGAGAAGGCGGCCACUCGACGGAGGAGUAACUCGCCGCCGUCGUUUCUUAAGGCCAUUGUAUUCGCGAAAAUUUAAGAGAAUGUUUCUCUUCGCUGUGGUCUUCUUAGCUAUAGUCCCUCCUCUCUUCUUCCAUUUCAAGCUCCGACGAAUUCGUCAGAUUGUCGAGCAAAAGUGCGAUUGGCUUCACCAUCCUCCACUUGUCUGUGCUCACGGCGGCGAUUCCACACUCGCUUUCCCAAACACGAUGGAUGCUUACAGUUUAGCUAUACGUUCUCGAGUUGAUUGCAUCGAAGUCGAUGUAUCUCGUUCCUCCGAUGGUGUUUUGUUCGCUCUCCACAACAGGGAUCUGCAGCGUAUUGCUCGUAACUCUUCUGUUCAAGUGGGAGAUCUGAGUAUGAAACAGAUCAGGGAACUCGAUGUCUCGGAGAUUGUUAAAGGAACAUCGGGAAAUCGUAGGAUUCCUACCCUUGAAGAUGCUUUAGCGUUGAUAUCAACUUCAGUUCGGCAAGUGAUUCUUGAUGCCAAAGUUGGACCGCCAAUGUAUGAAAAGGGGCUGGCACAAGACAUUCUUUCUGUUAUUGAGAGCGCACAGUGCAAGAAUUGCAUCGUAUGGGCCAAAAGUGACACUUUGGCUAGGGACAUAAUCAAGCAAGCACCAGAUACUACAGUGGGAUACAUUGUGAUGGUGGAUCAUUCAACUGGGGUGAGAAGCAACCUGCUAAGAAUGAAGGGUGCUAGGGUUGUGGGAGUCUAUCAUCCCUUGAUCGAUGAAGAAUUAGUCAGAGUCGUGCGUCGGAGAAACAAAGAUGUUUAUGCGUGGACUGUGGAUGAUGCUGAUUCUAUGAAAAGGAUGCUUCACUUAAGUGUGAAUGCUCUUGUUACGAGCGAUCCAUCUAUGUUUCAGGGUCUCAUGGAAGACCUUAGAACUGAGUGUCUUGAAGAAGGCUUUUCAAUACGGACAUGAAAAAUAAAUUUCUGGUUUGAGUAACAGAGAAGUGAUAUUAGUUUCAUGUUAAGACGCAAUAGUUAGUCUGAGAUCAACUUAGUUUUUUUCUACGAUUUACCAAACUCAGGCAUUCUUAAAGAUUGUAGUAGCUGUUUUGAUGCGAUUCAUCAAACUCAAGCAUUCUUAAUGAUUGUACUAGAUGUUUCAGAUUCUUUUUAGAGUUGUGUAGAUUCUUUAGGUCAGAGUGCCCAUUGGCUUAGACAAUGAUUGUCACAAGUCUAGGGAUAUGCAAACUGAAAUAUUAGUUUCCCUUUCAGUCUAGUGCAUAGGGUGGGUGAGAGCUGGAUAGCUGGUCUCUUGGGUGAACCUAUAGAUGGAGAUGACUUCACUGUGGAUUUGGUAAAUGUUAGUGAAGCUCAUGUCCGUAUAGCCAACCUUACCGAACCGCUGCCUAGUCAACUGGAACUAACUCUUCACUUCAAAUAAUUGCUCUUUAUCCCUACUUUCGUCUUGACAAUCGUGAAAACUGGUUUAAGAUAUUGUAUUUAUUCAUCAUAA